CAGUGAAAGUGGAAAAUAAUAUUAAUAUAUCAUUGUAUUUUAUUUUUUUUGAAGCGGAUAUUUUUGUCAUCUAAGGACACCAGAGCAACUUUUUAAUGGGUUUAAAAAAAAACAUUAUGCAAAAAAAAAAAAAAAAAAAAAGGCAUUUUUAAUUUUUUUAAGAAGCAGCAUUUUAUUUUGAAAUGUAAACGUCACUUUCAUUCGUUUUCCGCAUUUCGCCGGCCGGCCUGACGUCACAUCCUGCCACUUCACAGCCAAACUACGAGGCUUUCUCUCUGUCCAAAAAGCAACAUUUUUUUUUAAUUUUAUUGUCAACGCGACCAAGAGUGAUAAUUAAUUAAUUAUAAUUAAUUAAUAAUUAAUUUAAAGACGCUGUGGUGACGUCAGUGAGACUUCCGGUUGAACGUCAGCUCCACAGCAGCAGUGAGUUUCAUCAGCAACUCUCUCAGCCAGUCAGGGGAGGAGUCCUGCACAUGCAGAGUCCACCUCUGUAGACAUGUUUGAGUGAUAAAUGAAGGAAUAACUGUUUAAAGAAGAUGAACAAAACUCAAUAGAAGACGUUGCACAGUUCAGGUACACAGGACAAAACCACACUGGGACUACAGGAGGUUGUAAAGGAUUAAACUGACCAUGCUGCUGCAAAGGCUGACCCUGUGUUCAAGGAUCCACCUGGAUCACCAGAGACACGUCUGCCUGUUGCUCUGCAGACCACUGACACAAGCUCCCCGGGGCAGAGCCCACGGCAGCUCCUUCGCACACCGCGGUGAACUGCGUCAGGCCAAGAGGAUCGUAGUGAAGCUUGGCAGCGCUGUGGUCACCCGUGGCGAUGAAUGUGGCCUGGCUCUGGGGAGGCUGGCCUCCAUUGUGGAGCAGGUGGCCAUGUUGCAGAAUCAAGGCAGGGAGAUGAUGAUUGUCACCAGUGGAGCCGUGGCCUUCGGCAAGCAAAGAUUGAGACAUGAGAUCCUGCUGUCCCAGAGCGUCCGACAGGCGCUGCACUCAGGACAAAAUCAACUCAAAGACAUGUCUUUGCCGGUCCUGGAGGCCCGGGCCUGUGCUGCGGCUGGACAGAGUGGCCUGAUGGCUCUGUAUGAGGCCAUGUUCACCCAAUACAGCACUUGCACUGCACAGGUCCUGGUGACAAAUCUGGAUUUCCACGACGACCAAAAGAGGCAGAAUCUGAACAGCACGCUGCAGGAGCUGCUGCGUAUGAACAUCGUGCCCAUCAUCAACACCAACGACGCCGUGGUGCCCCCGCCGGAGCCCAACAGCGACCUGCAGGGGGUAAAUGUGAUCAGCAUUAAGGACAACGAUAGUCUGGCGGCGCGGCUAGCUGUGGAGAUGAAGGCUGACCUCCUCAUCGCGCUGUCUGACGUGGAAGGAUUGUACGACAGCCCCCCUGGAACAGAUGACGCCAAACUCAUAGACAUCUUCUACCCUGGAGACCAGCAGUCUAUCACCUAUGGUACCAAGUCCAGAGUUGGGAUUGGAGGCAUGGAGGCCAAGGUCAAGGCUGCCCUGUGGGCCCUGCAAGGUGGCACCUCAGUGGUCAUUGCUAAUGGCACCCACCCAAAAGUAACAGGUCAUGUCAUCACUGACAUUGUGGAGGGCAAGAAGGUGGGGACCUUCUUCUCUGAGAUCGAACCUGCUGGACCAACUGUGGAGCAUCAGACAGAAAUGGCUCGUAACUCUGGAAGAACGCUGGCAUCUCUGCUCCCAGACCAGAGGAGUGAGAUCAUCUGCAAUCUAGCAGAUCUGUUGACGGAAAAGAAGGAAGAGAUUAUGGCUGCCAACAAGUUGGACAUGGACCUGGCUGCAAAUGCAGGCCAUUUGCCAGCAGCCAUGCUGAAGCGUCUGAGCUUGUCACCAGCCAAACUCAACAGCUUGGCCAUAGGUCUGCGCCAGAUCGCCGUGGCCGCCCAGGACAGUGUGGGUCGUGUGCUGCGCAGGACCAGGGUGGCUAACAACCUGGAGCUGGAGCAGAUCACGGUGCCCAUUGGAGUUCUUCUGGUCAUCUUUGAGGCCCGACCUGACUGCCUGCCACAGGUGUCAGCAUUGGCCAUCGCCAGCGGCAACGCCCUCCUGCUGAAGGGAGGCAAGGAGGCAGCCAACACCAACCGGGUCCUCCACCAGAUCACCCAGGAAGCCCUUUCCAUGCACGGAGUCACCGAGGCAGUGCAGCUGGUGAGCACUCGUGAGGAUGUGGAGGAUCUGUGCCGACUGGACAAGAUGAUCGACUUGAUUAUCCCUCGAGGUUCGUCCCAGCUGGUGAGGAACAUUCAGCGGGCGGCCAAGGGCAUCCCUGUGCUGGGUCACAGCGAGGGAAUCUGCCACGUCUACGUCGACGCAGAGGCCAGCGUUGACAAAGUCAUCAAAAUUGUCAGAGACUCCAAGUGUGACUACCCAGCUGCAUGUAAUGCCAUGGAGAGUCUGCUGAUUCACAGGGACAUCCUCAGGACCCCACUGUUUGACCAGAUCAUUGACAUGCUGCGUACUGAACGGGUAAAGAUUCAUGCGGGCCCUCGGUUCGCCUCCUACCUGACAUUCAGCCCAUCGGAGGCAAAGUCCAUGAGGACAGAAUACGGCGACCUGGAGUGCUGCAUGGAGGUGGUGGACAGCAUGGAGGAGGCUGUUGACCAUAUUCACAAGUACGGCAGCUCCCACACAGACGUUAUCAUCACAGAAAAUGAGGACACAGCGGAGCAGUUCCUGCAGCAGCUGGACAGCGCCUGCGUUUUCUGGAACGCAAGCACACGUUUCGCUGAUGGCUACCGUUUUGGACUGGGAGCAGAGGUAGGCAUCAGCACGGCUCGUAUCCAUGCCCGCGGCCCUGUCGGCCUGGAGGGGCUGCUCACCACCAAGUGGGUCCUGAGAGGUGACGGGCACACAGCCGCCGACUUCUCUGAGCAGGGUAGCAUGGAGUACCUCCAUGAAAACCUGCCUGUCGGGCAGCCACUUGCUGGGCAGAGAGACAGCAACUAGACCAGAGACUUUCUCAACACUCACUUGGCCUUAACAAUGGUUGUUAUGGUUUGCAUUGUCCACCAGCAGCAGCUCCCUCUGGGGUCUUGCUGCUGAUGUUACUGUUUUAAACCUCUGAAGCACACAGCAUGGAGAGAGAAGCUUAACACACCAAUGGUCCGUUUUAUCAGCACAACCACAAAGUUAACCACAGACCGUUAAUAAGAGUUUACAAAUGUUUUAAAUUCUACCUCAGCUUAUGAGUCUUAAAUGAGUUAAGUAAAUCCACCUCGUAGGCUCCUGCAGGAGGCACUAUGUAGCGAUCACAACACAAUACCUCCACAUAAUGCAUUAAUUGGAGAAACUGUGAGCAAGAAGGGAGUUAACUAAGAUUACUUUCUUUAAGACAAAGUAACUACACAAUAUUUAUCAUACAUGUAUCAAAGGAAGUGCUUGAAAUUAAUACUAUUUUUAGUAACGCAAUCUCAGGACGUGUUUUUGAAACUGACACUAAUUCACAGAGACAUUAUUUCAUGCAUUUAUAUAGUGCCUUUCAACGAAACCCAAGGACACUUUGCUUGGAGGUAGGGAGACGAGACAAAACAAAGCAACUAAACACAAAUACAGAAAAAAAAAUCAUCAUUAAAUGUGUAUGAGAGAGAA